GUCCCAGUCAACAAAAACACUUCAUAUUAUCAUCAUGUCACCAAAUUCAACCCCAGAUAUCCCUAACAACGAACCCGCAGUCCUCUUCCGUCCCUCCAAGAAGCGCAAGAUCUAUCGUCAACGUGCCACAUCCCCUUCACAAGACUCUCCACCCCCCGUCACAAGCCCAAUCAUCCCCGCGCCCCAGAGUCUCGAUGAACUCAUCAGCAGCACCGCACAAGAUGUCGACACGAUCGCGGAAGUAGACAUGGCAGAGAUCCUCAGACUGCGGAAGAUCCAACGGAAAGCGAAGGGUGGUGUGGAAUUCCGAGCGGGGAAUGCUGGUGCAACGAAAGAGAACCAGGAGCUGGUCGUGAGAGAGGAACAUGUUGAGGGUGGGUUGGAGGAUGGAAGGGGUGUGGUUCGUAAAUUUGCUGCGCAGACGGGGGCCGUGGGCGAUGUUAAUAAGCAUAUGUGAGUGCUUCCUUACCAUAGAGUAUUGGGUGUUGCGGGAUUGUGACUAACGAUGGAAGGAUGGCGUAUAUAGAUUCUGAGAUUGCUAAGCGUUGUCUGGGCGAGAUGCAUAUCUCUACACCUGUUUCUGCUUCUGACCCCGCUGGAGACGCGGGAGUGGCGCCGGCGAGAAAGGCCAUCGCGGAGGUUAAUAGACAGCCUGCUGCGUUGGGGAAGCUGCAUGAAAUUGAUCUGGGGGAUGAGGCGCGAGAUAAGAAUGUCGCCAUGACGAACCGCGCUACUCGACGCUUAAACGGCGAACGUAUCACUGAGCAGAGCGCGGGGAGUAAAAAACCUGCCAAGGUACGGCUGGGGAGAGAUGGGAAGCCAUGGCGGGGGAAGAAGAGACGGGGGAGUGAUGAUAUCCGUCGAGAUCAACUUGUCGACGAGAUUCUACGGGAAAACAAACGUAUGCUACACCACAUAUCCUUCCUUAUGUACCUAUCGCUAAUUGAGGGUAGUCGAGAUCUACGACUCGCCCUCCGAGAACGAAGCCCCGCCUGAUGAUGAUCAAGCUGCUGAUGAUCGGAUCGCCGAGGCGUUCAGGAAGGAAUUCAUGGACUCUGUGGCGGCGAGGCAGAGGAAGCAGAAGGUUGGACCGCCGGCGCCGACUAGGACUGCGGGAGGGAAGAAAGAAGAGGUCUUGGCGGGACCGAAGUUGGGUGGGAGUAGGAGUGCGAGGGCGGCUAUGCGGGAGACGAUAUUGAAGGCUGCUAAGAAGUAGGUGGUGUCGUUGAUGUUAUAGACUCUUUCUUUGGAGUGCUUCCAUGUUAUUGAUGGAAUGUACCUCGACCUUGGUGAGGAGCGAGUGGGUGAUUAUAGUUACCUUGGUUUAUGAGCUGUAUGUAUUGUAUGGUAU